AGUUCUCCUUGCGUUAGGCUUAAAACCACUGGCGCUGCUUCUCUGUGUGGUGUUUCUUUCAUUACUUUUGGACUGCAUGAAAUUCAAUCAUCCUCUGGAGGAAAUGAGUAAAGGAGAGAAAGGGGUGAAGAUGGAGGCUGAAAUCCAGCAGAUGAUCGAGGAGAUGCGACUGAAGAUUGAGGAGCUCAAACGCUCAGUGGAGCUCGGUAAAGAGGACGCAGACAGAGAGAUGGCGGAUGGCGCUCGGGUCUUUGCUGCUCUGAAAGAGUAUGUCGAGAAAGGUGAGGCCAAGCUCAUGGAGACCAUCACAGAGAAGCAGAGACAAACAGAGCUGCAGGCUGAAGGCUUCAUCAGAAAGAUGGAGCAGGACAUCCGUGAGCUGAAGAAGAGGAAGACGGAGGCGGAGCUGCUCUCUGUGCUUCAGCUGGAUGAAACUGCAGAGAGGAAGGAGAAACUACCCAAGAUGCUCGCCAUGGCCAAGCUGAGGAGGGUCCAAAGCUACGCGGUGGACGUGACACUCGAUCCAGACACAGCAAAUGUUUACCUCGUCCUGUCUGACGAUGAGAAACAAGUACAUGAUACCAAUGUGGAGAACAAUCGUCCCUACAACUCACAGAGAUUUUUUUACAGUGCUGCUGUUUUAGGAAAACAGAGUUUCUCUACAGGCAGGUUUUAUUUUGAGGUUCAGGUUGAAGGAAAGAGCGAGUGGACUUUGGGAGUGGCCAGAGAGUCGAUCAACAUGAGGGAAGACACCACACCGAGACCUGCAGACGGUUUCUGGACUGUAGGCCUGAGUAAAGGAAAUAAAUACAAAGCUGGCCCUGAUGUCGCUCUCUCGCUGCAGUCUGCUCCUCAGAAGGUGGGGGACCCGUGUUACCGGUUUCAACCACCAGGGGGAGACAUCGUGCCGUGCGCUCUGUUGAUUCCCGGAAGUUGUGACAGCGUGUUCCUCAACACAACCACAACAAUGAAAGCUAUCAUUCAGAGGGUCACGAAGGCGAGUGUGACAG